UCCUUUUUACAACGUCUUCAUGGGGAUGAGUCGAAUAGAGUGUAUAUUUUUUAGUGAGUUCCACCCCACACUGGGACCAAAGAUUACUUACCAGGUUCCAGAGGAGUACAUAUCCCGGGAGCUCUUUGACACAGUACAGGUGUACAUCAUUACCAAACCAGAACUGCAGAACAAACUCAUAACUGUAACGGCCAUGGGGAAGAAGUUAAUUGGUUGUCCGGUGUGCAUCGAGCACAAGAAGUACAGCCGUAAUGCCCUGCUCUUUAACCUGGGCCUUGUAUGCGAUGCAAGGACCAAGACGUGUGCCCUUGAGCCAAUUGUCAAGAAGCUGUCAGGGUAUCUCACAACGCUGGAGCUGGAGAGUGGGUUCAUAUCGAACGAGGAGAGCAAACAGAAACUGCUACCUAUUAUGUCCACCUUGUUAGAGGAGCUAAAUGCUACCGGAGCCUGUACCUUACCCAUCGAUGAGUCCAAUACAAUCAACCUGAAGUUGAUUGAGCAGCGCAGGGACCCUCUGAUCGUGCAGGAGUACGACGUGCCUGUCUUCACUCAGUGCAAAGACCACUUCAUCAAAUCCCAGUGGGAUCUAACCACUCAGCAGAUCCUGGCCUACAUUGAUGGGUUCAGGCAUAUCCAGAAGAUAUCUGCAGAAGCGGAUGUUGAACUUAAUCUAGUCCGGAUCGCCGUACAGAAUUUACUGUAUUAUGGUGUUGUAACCUUGGUAUCAAUAUUUCAGUACUCCAAUGUGUACUGCACAACCCCUACAGUCCAGAGCCUGAUAGAUGACAGGUCCAUUCAGGAGGAGUGUCUCAACUAUGUCACCAAGAAAGGACAGAAGAGAGCCUGUUUAAGGGAUGUGUUCCAGCUGUACUGUGGUCUGACUCCAGGCACCACAGUUCGUGAUCUUUGCUCCCGCUACUCACAGCAGCUGCAGAGGGUAGAUGAGAGGAGGCUGAUCCAGUAUGGACUGAUGAAGGCUCUCAUUCGCCGUCUGCAGAAGUAUCCUGUUAAGGUGACACGAGACGAGAGGAGCCGCCCACCACGCCUUUACACUGGUUGCCAUAGUUACGACGAAAUCUGCUGCAAGACGGGAAUGAGCUACAAAGAGCUGGACGAGCGCUUGGAGAAUGACCCCAACAUAAUUGUGUGCUGGAAGUGAUACCCUGGCUUAAUCAGCAACCACACUCACUUUGAUAGAGAAAGCCAUCUCUCUAACAAAGACAGACAGACACGAGGUCCGAUUGUACUGAAACAGAGGCCUCCUGCUCGUCUCUCAUCUGACCCACACAACUGCCUGCUGUCCAGGAGACACAAUGUGGAUCAACCUCAGCCAAAGAUGCCUUAGAAAAGUCAGUUUAUCACUGUUGUUGUCUGUGGACUUCAUCCGAAAUGUUCUGGAAAUGGCCUGUGCAUUCAAAGGCUGAGACAUGUAGGAAUUUAUAUACUACUAGUAUGUCACCAAUGUCACCUGUUAUCAUCCUCAGGUUUUUCCAUCCAGACUUUGAAUCAAUCAGUGUGGGAUAGUUUCAUUCAGAACAAUGAAUGGAAUAAUUUAAAAAGACCACAAAAAUGAGGAAUGUGGCAGGUAGCCUAGCGGUUAAGAGCGUUGUGCCAGUUCAGAGAACAUUCGCUAGUUCAAACUCUUGCGCCGACUAGGUUAAAAAUCUGUUGAUGUUCCCCUGAGCAAGGCACUUAAUCCUAAUUGCUCCUGUAAGUCGCUCUGGAUAAGAACAUCAGCUAAAUGACUCAAAUGUAAAAUGUGCUUAUUCAUGUACCAAAAAAAUGAUAAUACCAACUCCUUGCAAUAAUAAAGAUGCGUUGUUGAUUUGAAUGA